AUGGCCCCGUCCCGGCCGCCGACGGCGCUGGCGGGGGCCAUGCUGACCGGCAGGGAGAGCCUGGUCCGCCUCAUAGGCCGCCGCCGCCGCUCCCCUCUCCCCGCCCCCCUCGCCGCAGCCCUCCUCUCCCCCUCCCGCCAACAGGCCGACGACGCGGGCGCGGGCGAGGCGGCCAGUGAAGCGGCCGCUGCGGGCCCUUCUUCGUCGGGAGGGGGCGCCGGCGCGGAGCGGGUGGCCUGCCCCGUCUGCGGCGAGUUCAUCCCCGGCUCGGACUACUGCGUCAACACCCACCUCGAUAUAUGCCUCACGAGAGGACCGAAAAGGAAGUUCGCACAGAGCAGCCUUCUUGAUUUCAGAUUCAGUAAGAAAACAACAGUUGAGCAUACUCCAGACAUUGUGAACAAUGUUGACAAGGCAGAAAACAAGGGACUGACGGAUGGAGAUGUAUCCACUGACAGAGAAUUUUGCUCCAUGAAUAGUGACACUGGAAGUCCCGAGAAUAGCACAACCGCUUUAUUAACUGGUUGCCUGGAUGGUUCAGCUGGCAUUUCCAAGAUGCUUACUACAUGUACACCUUCAAAUGCUGGCUUGCCACUUAUGAAGAACGCUGAAAAUGACGAUGCAGUCGAGAAGGCCUCUUCCUGCUCGCUUUCAACAGGAACAACUUCUGUCAGUAUCGAUGCAUGUCCAGACGCGGAUUCUAGCACCACGGUAGCUGUUGACACUGUCAUAGUGGGCCGGAGGUUCCGUGAAAGCUUUGAACUGCAAGAAGGCAUGGGCAUUACUGUUGUAAGAGACCCCCAGAAUGCCAAGGACCCUGAUGCUGUCAAGGUGCUUUAUGCAGGGUCUGACUGUGCGCAGAUGCUUGGAUAUCUGCCUCGAGAGCUGGCUAAAGUCUUGGCUCCUCUAUUGGACACACAUUUUAUUGAAUGCGAGGGAUUUGUGGCUGGUUUGCCUGAACAACAGCUUGACAAUGUGCCCAUCCAGCUAACUUGUCAGAAAUGUGAAAAUGACAAUCAGAAUUAUGAAGAUCUGAGGUACCAACAAUCCUUGUGGGAAAAUUUUCUUGGUGUUGUUAGAAAUGGAAAUUUCCAGCAACCUAGCAGUGCAAGAUACCAGGCAAAUUUCAAUACGAUGCUAUUGGAUGUUAUGACCAACCAUACACACCUUUUCAGUGAUACGGAAACAUCAUUUUUAGGAUCUUUUAAGUCGUUAUCAAAUGAUGGCCAAAGGCUUUUUGUGAAGAUUUACACUCGAAAAGGGCCAUGGUUUCGGUUGAGCAGCAUUUCGUAUCGUGAGAUAUCAGAUGUUGAGCAUGCAGCCAUGGAGUUGAAGUUGGCAGGUUACAUAGACAUGUUUUCUUGCACUGAUGUUCCAUUUGAACAUGAUAUGGAAGAGAUUCUCAAUGUGCUAAGUGUUCCUGAAAUGAAGGAAAUCCUAAAGGAGCUCCGUAAGGAUAACACAAACUGCACCCGUCGACAUGAGCUUCUUAGCACCCUUCUCUCUAUGUACAAUAAUGGAACCUGCACAGUGCUACCAAAGCGAAUUUUUAAAUGGACAGGAACCUGUAUAAGAGUCUCCAACAUGGCUGAUGAACUUGUCUGGCUUGUUCAGAGGCUAUUUUUUCUAAAUGGUGAUCAAGACCUUUCAUCCUUUCUAUUAGUGGAUCUUGGUCUGGUGAAAUUCCCAGAAUACACAUGCAGCGUUGUUCAUCGUAUUUUUCAAGAAAGAAAUGAUUUACUUGAGUAUGAAGAGGCAAUUCGAGUGGCACAGUUCAUGGAUGAAUCUCUUGAUAAUGAUAACAUGGAAUUAGUGUCAAGAUGCACUGAUUUGUCUGAGAAUCGACUAUGCACUCCGUUAAAAGAAGAAGAUAGCAGUUUAGCUGAUUCUCCUCCAUCAUUCUAUUCAUGCUUUUCAUCUACCUGGAUCUAUUCCAAAAUACUCACAUUAGGGGUCUCUGUUUACGAACGCGAACGCAGGUAUGCAGAUGCAAUAAGGACUCUAAAGAUACUACUUAGUAAAGUUGCUUCUGGUAGACGGCGAGGAUAUUGGACACUGAGAUUAUCUAUUGAUUUGGAGCAUAUGGGUCGCCCUAAUGAGAGCCUUUCAAUAGCUGAAGGAGGAGUGACCGAUCCAUGGAUCCGUGCUGGGUCAAAGAUUGCACUGCAGAAGAGAGUUCUGCGUUUAGGCAAACCUCCACGGCGCUGGAAAGUUCCCAGUUAUGCUGAUUCUCUUAAGAGAAACAUAAAAGAGGUGAACAUUGAAGGAAGGCCAUUGAAUUGUGAAAUAGGAGCAAAGAAUGUAUUUUAUGGCUAUGAUGGUGACCGUUGUGGGGUAGAGCAAUUAGCUUUGCAGUAUUAUGCUGAUGAAGGAGGUGGCUGGCAAGGUACCCAUUCAGAAGGUGGCAUAUGGAUGACAAUCUUUGGCCUUCUAAUGUGGGAUGUAAUAUUCUCAGAAGUAUGCGAUGUUUUCCAUUCUAAAUUUCAGACAGCCCCUCUUGAUUUUGAAACAGACGACUUCUACAAGUCAAGAAAGGACCUUAUAGAAUCACAGUUGAAAAGGAUACAAGAUGGAAUGGCCGAAGAGAUGCUCAUCAGCUCCUGGGAGCUACAUCAAGGGACAUCCUGCAGGGGUGUCAAUUGGGACCGGCAUCCAAUGGCCGAUGUACGGGCUGUCGUUGCGGGCGUUGGUGGGCAUCGCUUGGCACUACUUCUCCGGCAUCUAGCCCUCGAUUACAGGAGCUGGUCCAGCGGGAUGCCCGAUCUGCUGCUAUGGCGUUUCCUGGAUGAACGAGGUGGCGCUGAAGCUAAACUUGUGGAGGUCAAAGGACCAAAGGAUCAGCUCUCUGAGCAGCAACGUGCUUGGAUUUUCGUCCUGAUGGAUUUUGGGUUUGAUGUGGAAGUUUGCAAAGUGAGCCUAGUUUCUAAGCGGCGAUAA